GCUAUAGAGGCCACACGUCGCGUCCGUAGCAGCGUGCGUGUGGCAGCGCGCGGUCCAGUGCAGAGGAGCGCAGCUCUCGCUCCAGUCAUGGAUGUUCCAGUAGCGGACACUGCCACGCUCGCCAGUUAGUUAGUGCUGGUCCUGCCGUGCUUAGUGAGUGAGGUGAGCGCUGGCAUGGCGUACCCACCGCUCGAACCCGAACAAGCAGUCGCUUGAGAUGGUGCGAAGAAAACACUUUUUGCGGCAGCUGCUCGCCGCAGCUCUACUUCUCAUCGUCGUACCAGGGUCUCUACAAGGACCUCACGAGAAGCGGUUGCUCACCAUCUUGUUGGAAAGUUAUAAUGUUUUAGAGAGACCAGUCGCCAACGAGUCAGAACCUUUAGAAGUUAAGUUCGGCCUAACUUUGCAGCAAAUCAUUGAUGUGGAUGAGAAGAAUCAGAUCCUUACGACAAACGCAUGGCUCAACUUGGAAUGGACGGAUUACAACCUUCGCUGGAACGAAACCGAAUAUGGCGGCGUGAAGGAUUUAAGGAUAACACCUAAUAAACUAUGGAAACCUGAUGUCCUUAUGUAUAACAGUGCUGAUGAGGGUUUCGAUGGGACUUUCCAAACAAAUGUUGUGGUCAAACAUAACGGCAGCUGCUUGUACAUCCCUCCGGGUAUCUUCAAGAGCACAUGCAAGAUAGACAUUACGUGGUUCCCCUUUGAUGACCAGCACUGUGACAUGAAGUUUGGUAGCUGGACCCAUGACGGCAACCAGCUUGACCUCAUAUUGAAUUCGGAUACGGGAGGGGACCUGUCAGACUUUAUCACCAAUGGAGAAUGGUAUUUGAUUGGAAUGCCUGGAAAGAAGAACACCAUCGUGUACGCGUGCUGUCCAGAGCCGUACGUGGACGUCACGUUCACCAUCCAGAUCAGGCGAAGAACCCUCUACUAUUUCUUCAACCUGAUCGUGCCCUGCGUGCUCAUCUCGUCGAUGGCUCUUCUGGGAUUCACUCUCCCACCCGACUCGGGAGAGAAACUCACCCUAGGUGUGACCAUUCUUCUUUCAUUGACAGUAUUUCUCAACCUAGUAGCUGAAAAGAUACCGACCACGUCAGACGCAGUUCCGUUGAUAGGAGUGACCAUCUUGCUAUCGCUGACUGUGUUCCUGAACCUCGUGGCUGAAACCUUGCCCCAAGUAUCUGACGCCAUUCCCUUGUUAGGUACCUACUUCAACUGCAUCAUGUUCAUGGUUGCCUCCUCUGUGGUUUUGACCGUGGUAGUUCUCAAUUACCACCACCGUACAGCUGAUAUUCAUGAAAUGCCGCAGUGGAUUAAAACAGUCUUCCUCCAAUGGUUGCCCUGGAUGCUGGGCAUGAGCAGGCCCGGAAAGAAGAUAACCCGCAAAACGAUCAUGAUGAACAGUCGAAUGAAAGAGCUGGAAUUGAAGGAGCGCUCCUCGAAAAGCCUGCUGGCCAACGUGCUGGACAUCGACGACGACAUACGGAAUGUGUCCGGCGUGGCGGGCAACAGCUCGACGAUGACCACCAGCCUGGGACCCGGUUUCGGCCGCAACGCCACAACGAUCGAGGACGCUGCCAUACCGGGCACCAGCACCGGCCAGAGGGACCUGCAGCUCAUCCUCAAGGAGCUGCAGUUCAUCACGAACCGCAUGAAGAAGGCGGACGAGGAGGCGGAGGUGAUCAGCGACUGGAAGUUUGCCGCCAUGGUGGUGGAUCGGUUCUGCCUCAUUAUCUUCACCCUGUUCACCAUCAUCGCCACUGUGGCAGUGCUCCUGUCCGCACCUCACAUCAUCGUUCAGUAAAAACGUGCGGAGAAACGGACUUGAACGCGACAGACUCUGAUCUAGGAAUGGCAACGUCGAAACGUACCUCAAACGUCUUAUUUCACAAAUUUCACCGUCUCCGGAUAUAAUGCUACCUACAUCAAUAACACCCACCCAGCCAAACAAGAAAACAGUAUCAAACAAUGUUGGAUUUUUAAUUUUAUCCGUAUCUAUGAAACAAUACCUAUGCUGAACCCCAAGUAGCAUUUUUAGACACAAAAUCGAAACAAAAUCUCUGCUAACAAACAUUACGAAACACAUUUUUUACAUAAGCUAUAACAAUAAAGAUCUUAGUAUCACAAAUUUUUCGAAACUUUCAAGAAACAGACCUGGCUCACAUUUACAGAUUUCGUACCCGUUUUGUGCCCGAAAAGUUUCCAUAAUUUAUUUGAUAUUCUGCCAAAUAUGAGAACAUAACAUUAUUGUUUUGAUUUUGUUCUGCAGUUUCUGCAUUUAAGCAUUCUUCAAGUUUUUAUAGUACUGUAAUUAACAAAGCAGAAGGACAUAUAUGGUGAGUACAAAUACAGAUAUAUUUUUCUUAUGUAGAUGAUUCGUGUCCGACUCCAUGUCAAUUUUAUAAAAUAAUGAAUUAAAAUCCCGCCAUGUUGGCUAGUGAUAGCGUUUUUAUCUAAAAAUAUAUGUUUUUAUCGGCUGUUGAACUUCUAAACUUAUAAGAACGUGUUCUACUUACAUUGUUUAUAUAUAAUGUGUUCUUUUUUUAUAAAUUGGA